UGACAUAUUGAGCAUGCACGUCCUUGCAGAUCCAAGAUGGCGUCAGUUUCUUCGUAAACCGGAGCUCCCAGAUGGUCCCAGUCAUAGCCAUUCAGUCGGCUGAAAUCAUGGCGUCCGGCAGUACGGGGAGCAGAGUGUCUUGCGGGAGAGAUUUAAAUUGUGUGCCGGAGGUAGCAGACACUUUAGCUGCGGUCGCCAAACUUGGGUUUGACUUCCUGUGCAUGCCCCUGUUCCACUCGAGGUUCAGGAGAGAGUUUGAGUUGGAGCCCGCUAAAUCCCGAGCCGGUGCCCAUACCCGAUCAGACCUGCUGCUGUGCGGAAGAGAUUGGAAUACUCUUAUUGUUGGAAAGCUCUCUCCAUGGAUCGACGCAGAUUCAGAAAUCGAGACAGAGCGCAGAAACUCAGAGGCUGCUUUGGCACAGGAGUUGAACUUCUCAGCUUACCUGGGUCUGCCUGUCUUCAUGAUCCCUCUAAAGGGCCCUCACUGUGCCAAUUUAGCCCGUGUGCUGCUAAACCACAUCCACACUGGACACCACACCUCAAAUUUCUGGAUACGUGUCCCGCUGAUGGCAUCAGAGGACAUGCGGGAAGAUCUGAUUGAGAAUGAACCAAGCACUUGCAUCGAAGAUGCAAGUGUUGAUGAAAAGACCUGGGGCUGGUGGCACUCAUUCAGAACCCUUUGUGACUACAACAAGAGGGUCUGUCUCGCUAUUGAAGUUGCAGCGGACAUGCCGUCAGACGCUGUGAUUGAUAAGUGGCUUGGGGAACCUAUCAAAGCAGCCAUUCUUCCCACUAGUAUAUUCCUAACUAAUAAGAAGGGCUUCCCAGUUCUGUCAAAAGCCCAUCAGAGAAUAAUCUUCAGUCUUUUCAAGUUGGAGGCCCAGUUCAUCUUCACAGGCACCAGUCGCCACACCGAGAAGGACUUCCGGUCCUACCUGCAGUACCUGGAAUACCUUAACCAGAACCGACCUGCACCCAAUGCUUAUGAGCUCUUCGCCAAGGGCUAUGAAGACUACCUGCAGUCUCCGCUCCAGCCACUCAUGGACAACCUGGAGUCUCAGACAUAUGAAGUGUUUGAGAAGGAUCCUAUUAAAUAUUCCCAGUACCAACAGGCUGUAUAUAAAUGUCUACUUGACAGAGUUCCAGAGGAGCAGAAAGACACCAACGUUCAGGUGUUGAUGGUGUUGGGAGCAGGUAGGGGUCCCCUGGUCAAUGCUUCUCUGCGCGCUGCAAGACAAGCCGACAGGAAGCUAAAGGUGUACGCUGUGGAGAAAAACCCCAAUGCUGUAAUCACGCUGGAGAAUUGGCGCUUUGAGGAAUGGGGUGAACAGGUGACAGUGGUUUCAUGUGACAUGCGAGAUUGGGCAGCACCUGAGAAAGCUGACAUCAUCGUCAGCGAGCUGCUGGGAUCAUUUGGUGACAACGAACUUUCUCCUGAGUGCUUAGAUGGAGCCCAGCACUUUCUCAAAGAUGAUGGAGUGAGCAUCCCCUGUUCCUACACGUCCUUCCUAGCUCCCCUGUCCUCCUCCAAGCUUUACAAUGAAGUGCGGGGUUGCCGGGAACGUGACAAGGACCCAGAGUGCCAUUUUGAGACGCCCUACGUGGUGCGCCUCCACAACUUCCACCAGUUGGCUGACCCCAAAGCGUGCUUCACCUUCAGACACCCCACAACAGAUAUGAACAAUAACCGGUACCAGUGCCUCAGAUUCUCAGUGGGUUGUAACUCUGUGCUCCAUGGUUUUGCUGGCUACUUUGAGACCACUCUGUACAAAGAUGUCACCCUCAGUAUAAAACCAGAUACGCAUUCACCUGGAAUGUUCUCCUGGUUCCCCAUCCUCUUCCCCCUAAAACAACCCAUCCUUAUAUCCCGGGAUGAUGAUGUCACAGUGCGAUUCUGGCGCUGUAACAACGGGAAGAAGGUGUGGUAUGAAUGGGCCGUGACCGAGCCCUCCUGCUCCGCCAUCCAUAAUCCAGCAGGACGCUCCUACACAAUCGGCCUGUGAAGAUGACUCAUCAGCACGCCCGCCAACACACAUACACACACGUUUCUGU